AUGGCUGGACCUGGAGGUGGACCUCCUCGCAAGAGCCAUACAAAGUCUAGAAAGGGCUGCAAGACUUGUAAAAGACGACAUAUUCGAUGUGACGAAACAACUCCUCAAUGUCGAAAUUGCACCAAACACAAUUGUCGCUGCGAUUACAUGGACAAUGUUAUAGUCCGAGAUCAAGCACCGGCACAGAGAGUUGGACCGGAUCUUCUCAUGUCUCCAGAGAUUGAUAUCGAAAUCGAUGAAUGGCUGAAGACUGGAAAUCCCCCUUUUCCCGAACUGCAACUCAGCUCUAGGGCAUACUGGUUCAAGUUUUCGCGGACUGAUUUGCGCCUUAUUCACCACAUUGCUGGACUUUCAAUCGACCUACAUCGGCGAGGAUACAGUAACUGCACAGUUUGGGCGCAGAAAAUGCCCAUCUUUUUGGCUAUCGCGUUGUCGAACGAGUUUGUCAUGAGUGCGAUUCUCGCUCUAUCUGCCUUUCACCUCGCCUGGAUGACCCAAAAUCCUGAAACGGAAAACCUUGCGUAUCAUCAUCGGGGCAUUGCUUUAAAGGGCCUCCAUGAAGCUAUCGGUAGCUUCUCUCAGGAAAACUCUGAUGCCAUCUUAGCAGCAUCGAUGCUUCUGUCAUGGCAAGCUAAAGAAUGGCAGGUCUGGGCUUCGUUGCAGCAGGGCGUCUCAACUGUACUUAACUCAAUGCAACCGUGGUGGAAGGAAGAGUCGGAAUUAGCUCGAUUUAUGGAUAACCAGCGAGCUUUUCGAAGUGCGAGAACACCAACGUAUCCAGGAGCAAUGGAUCAGUUCCAAGACGAAGACCUUUUGAGACUGGACCGGAUUUUGGGUACUCUGUUAAACAUUCACCAGCGACUCUCCCACAAUCAGGAACACUAUGAAAGAGUUACUGAUUUAUUACACUUCGUUCAGCGGUUGCGCGAUGAUUUGCCAGUGCAAUCGCCGGAUACUGCUUUUGAGAGGCUUCAGCCACUACGAACGUGGCUCUUUUGGCUUCCCCCCACGAUGCUGAGAGGCGGAGAAACGGAUCUUGGUGCGCUUGCAGUGCUCUCUCAAUUUUUUGGGGUGGCUUUGGCCCUGGAGCCAAUUUUCCCUGAAAUCGGGGGCUCAUAUCUUGGCACCAUGUCAGUCCUUCCAAUCGAAGACAUUCGUAGAAUCCUGCAUGCGAGGAAAGCAUCUCAACCCUUUGCUCCAGAAGUCCAGUUGGCUCUGAGCCUGAUGGAGUUACCAUGCGAGAUUGUUGCCGAAUACCGCGGCCGUCUCCAGUGGCCCCCGAGGAGUUCCUUAGAUGCCUACUCUCCUAGCUCGCACAAUCCAUACCACGAACUGCCCAAUCUGCAUCUCCCAUCUACCUCUCCAUCCAGUGGCUCCGGCUACUCUGCUUAUACGACAUCUCCCCUCCACUCUCCUCUAACUCCAGCGAUCGUUGCUUCUCCAUACCAGAUACCAACAAUAAUUACAUCCCGACGGCAAUCCCAGGUCUACAGCACAUCUCCCACGCUACAUUCUGACCACGCAGACGAUCGGCUGGGAGGGGAUUACAAGCACAGUCCUCAAACUCACUCCUCAAUUUUCAACCCUGCGUACUUGGGAAAUUUAAUAAAGGGAUCACCAGUUUUGGGGUCAGAUUAUAACGAGUCUUCCACACUCGGCAUCUCAGGAGGGUUGGUCAAUCCCGAACUCUGCUGGACUUGA